AUGUGUUAUCAAUUGGAAAGUAUUUAUUAUAUGAUCAGAGCCAAAGUGUUUCCAAUCAAGACAUACAGGGAAGAUUUAUCUCCGUAUUGGCAAGUGGACGACCAUAAAAAUAUUACAAACAUUUUGGAAAUCAUUUUAGGAGAAACCAAAGCUUAUGUUUUCUUUGAGAAACAUGUAUCAGACCUCCAUUCCUACGUCCGACACAAAAAACGCUUGAGGGAAGAGGAGGCAGCGAGACUUUUUGCUCAAAUUGUGGCGGCAGUUCAACAGUGUCAUGAAAAUGGACUUAUUCUUAGGGAUCUUAAAUUACGAAAAUUUGUAUUCACUGACAAGGAAAGAACAAAGUUAAAAUUGGACAGUUUAGAAGACGCAACAGUGCUGGAUAACGAAGACAACGAUCUUAUGUCUGAUAAACACGGUUGUCCAGCCUACGUCAGUCCAGAGAUUCUAAGUGCUAUUGGGACAUAUUCUGGUAAAGCUGCAGACUGCUGGAGUCUAGGAGUCAUGCUGUACACUAUGCUUAUUGGACGUUAUCCUUUUCAUGAUACUCAGCCAGCGGCAUUAUUUGGAAAAAUUCGCCGCGGCCACUUUUCAAUUCCGAACUCUCUGUCAUCCAGGGCCAAGUGUUUGUUAAAAACUCUGCUCCGACGCGAACCUAGUGAUAGACUGACGGCAGAACAAAUCUUAGGACAUCCUUGGUUCCGAAAUUGUGCAAACAAAUUCUCAUGGAGAUCAGACAAAAGUAUGUCCGAUCAACUGGUUCCAGAGUUUGAUUUUCCAAAAGUGCUGGAGGAUUAA